GAUUCGAGAGGUGACACUGGGGUGAGAUGGCACGGAUUUUUAUCUGAGAAUCCAAAGGCAUGGCUCAAUAACCAAGCACUGCAACCACAUUGAUAGAUGUGAAUCUGGCUAAUGGGGUAUAAAUCGUCGAUCCAUGCACCAUUUUUGUUCACUUUCGACGCAUCUUCUAAUGGGUGUUAUGUUUUGUAAACACUGACAAUCGCUUCUCAAACACCGUUUUGAUUUACGAGAGUUAUUAAAUUUCGGCGGAUAAGCUAAAUAUUGCUUCUGGAAUAUAAGUCACUUCUUUUGAAAGUAGGUGGAAGGGACGAAGUGAUGGAUAGUCGUACAUCUGGAGAACAAGGAAACCAGAUUCCUCCGUUGGAACCUGAAGAAGAUUCUAUUUCGGAUGCCCAAAUACUUUGGGAAAAGGUGGCUCGCCCAUUGAAAAUACCAAUGAUUAUUUCAGGUCUAUAUCAUGAGAAAGGAACAAAUAAAGAUUCUUCGGAGUCUGCGUUCAAAGGCGACUCUCUACCAUUUUUGGCUAUGAGGAUCUACCACAUUCUAGUUAUGUUAUUUCUAUGGUUUAAUUUCGCGCGGUUUUUGGUUUCCUUUCCGAUGACAGGUUCUCAACAUUCUCAAGAUUUAACCUACAAUAAUAUAUCCGUCUCCUCUUGGGCUUUUCUUGUUGCUGCAAACAACACUGUUUUCUUGAAAAUUUGCUACAAAGGAGAUAUCUUUCAACUCAUUGCUAACCAGUCGAAGCUUUGUUUCCGCCCCAUACAAUUAGGAGACGGGGCUUCUAACAGAAGGCAGAUUCAGUCAUCUUGGACGAAGUACCGCUCGUUUGCAAUAGGUGGGACUUUUAUAGGCCUUUGUGCAACAUGCACUAACAUAGGAACCAUUCUCUUUAUGAACUAUGGUUUAGAGGAAUCGUCCAUCUACCAUAGGGUAAUGUGUUUCCCGUGGUCUUCAGAUCUUGCAUGUGGCUUUUCCGCCGUCUUUGCGGUUUAUGGCUCAGCAACAUGGACCUUGACAGUCGUUUUCAUAGCUUUCAUCUGCUACAUCAUGUCGGGUCAGCUUGCCCAGUUGACCCGCGACUUUGCCAAGACAUUUGGAGAGAGGAGGAACUUCGACGCAAAGCUUCUGGACUCCUUUCGACGAAAUUUCAAUACACUCUGCAGGUCCGUCGAGCUCGCGGAUGAAAUGCUAUCACCUUUUGUCGCUAUUGCAUAUUGCACAAAUAUCCCUGGUAUCAUAUUUCUCUUGUAUCAAGUUUGGUUUCCGGAUGUUAGUACUAGCACAUCCUAUCAUCUGAUUGCAUCAUUCUGGAUUGUUGGAACUGUUUUGAAUCUAGCCAUCGUUUCUUACUUUGCUGUCACAGUUCACGAAAAGGCACAUUCUCUUCGACGCCAUGUACACGAUCUCCAGACUGCAACAUUUGAUCCAGAAAUCGCGCAGAUUCAGAUGCUGUUUUUGGCUCGGUUGGACGGACCAGAGAUAGGAAUGACAGCUCUCGGUUGCUUCGUCAUUACCAAGGAACGAGUUUUAGCGGUCAUAAGCACACUCAUAACCUACUUCACCAUCCUCCUGCAGUUUAAGGGCCUGUGUCCAGAUGAAUCCGAUGGCAUCAGAAACUCCACCUUUGCGACCUCUACGACCGCCUAUACGACCUAAGACUGAGCCAACGAAUGGACUUUUUAGUCUUACAAAGAGUUAGGAUUGAUACGAUCAACCACAAUUUUUUGGGUCUCCCCUCUCUCUUGUUUUCUUUCUUUUACUCCUUUACAUCAGCUUUUCAUUUCAUUUUUGUGCACUGUGUAGUUGUUGAACGUAUGUAGUCAGUCCAAACAGUGUUGGGCUAAUUCUGUGUUUUACCUUAUGAAAAACAAUUAUCAUGAAACUAUUUGUAUUUUUUAGGGACCUAAGAAAUACAAGCAUUGUUUUUAAUUAAGGUUCCGAUACUAUUGUUUUUUUGUAGAAACCUUUUCAAACUUAUGGUACUUAUAUAGUUAGUGAAUACUUUGUUAAUUUUCUAUACAUGUUCGCCUUUUCAAAUUGACAAUUGUAAUCCAAUUACUCUUUGUUUCUCAUGUAUGUAUUAUUAUGACUUAUACUUCUUUUUUUUUUUAGGUAUGUUUUAUUGUGAAUUUUAAAUGAAAACAAGAGUGGAAAAAAAUAUAUCAAAUCAAAUCAAACUAUGGAAAACCAGCAACGUCAACAUCUAUAAUGCAUGUUUGUUCAAAGUAUACUCUAGAUGUGAUAUAUAAUCAUACAUUCAAUGUUUUCUUGAAAAUUCAGUGUGCUUUUUUGUGUUUACAAAGGACAUCAUGCAAAUUUCCUGGAAAAAAAAAAAUUGUGACAUUGUUGGAUUUCCAUGCAACUUAAGAUGAUCAGAUCAAUCGUAACUCUUUGUAAGACAGGGCUCUCAUCUAGCUAUUUGGAUAGGAUCCACCCUGGAAUGUUCUUUAGAAAUAAUAUUUAUUAUUUUAUUUAUUUAUUUAAAUAUCUUUAUACAGGAUAACAAGCUCAGAUUGACGGUUUUCAGCAUGGUCCUGUUUACAUAAAAUGGCAAUAUAUACAUGUACAUAAAGAUAAGAGUAACUUAGGUUCUAUACAAAUAAUGAAUGAAUUCAAUAACAUUAAAAUCAAAAUUAUUACUAAUACAAAGAUUGUUCAAAGAUAACACUGAAUUUUUGAGGAAUCGGUGAAAUGAGAUUAGUUAUCCUAUAGACAACACAAUGACAGCAAAAUAUAAACUUAAGUGUAUGAUAUUAUUGACAUAAUAAAUAAUUGAACAAAAUUCAUGAAGGAAAUUAGAAGUCUAAUUAUCAUCGAGCAUAACACACGAGAUUUAAGUAGAAAAUUUACAAAAUAAAUACCGCUAGGCAAAAUAUCAUUAGUUAUAAAAUAUUGGAUAACCCAAAUCAUUCACACAAUCAAGAAGAGAAAAAUAGAGUAAAAUGGAACAAAAGGCAUCUGAUACUAAUUAUUGAAAUAAAACUUUUUAUAAAUCAAGUUGAAUGUUUCGAUAGUUUCAGACGAGAGAACCUUAGUUUCUUUAGAGCUCGCUAAUGUCAAGGAGACUGCAUCAUAUGGGCUUCCUUACUCAAGGCAUAGUGAUUGAUUUUUAAGAUUGAUUGCAAUGAUUAUGGUGUAUGAUCGAUCGUUAUAUACAAUCCUGGAAUCAAUUGAAAAGCUUGUGUAACGGGGCCCUGAAAACGAUUUUUUUUUAAACUGGGGGUGCUGAUGUACAUUUGAAAA